AAUUUGGUAACACCCGAUACCACUUCUGGUUCACGCUCCGUUCGGUUAACAUCCAGUAGCACCAGACACACUACAAUGGCAGACCUUAGCGCCAGGGAAGUCGAAAAGGCCGAAUUUGCCUUCUCGAUCUACGAUGCCGAUGGCACCAACGUCAUCGACGCAGUCGACCUUGGUAACGUCCUUCGGGCCCUCAACCUCAACCCUACCAACGCUACCAUAGAAAAGCUUGGAGGAACGAAAAAGAAGGGCGAGAAGAUGAUGAAACUCGAUGAGUUCUUGCCAAUUUAUAGCCAGUGCAAAAAGGAUAAGGAUCAAGGGGUCUACGAAGACUUCAUUGAGUGUUUGAAGCUAUACGAUAAACAAGAAAAUGGAACCAUGCUUGCCGCUGAACUUUCGCACACACUUCUUGCACUUGGUGAACGUCUCGAGGAUGCAGAAGUAGACCAAGUACUGAAGGACUGUAUGGACCCCGAAGACGAGGACGGUUUCAUCCCCUAUGCUCCGUUCUUGAAGAAGAUGAUGGUGCUAUUAUAAGCAGAGCUGAUGUCAGUCUCACAAUAAUCGUCCUUCCGUUCCUUAAGAGACUCUGCGAGAGAGCGGACGAAUGAAGUAACGACACAAACAUUGUCAUGCCGGUAUUCAUCCGUCGACAAACUACACAUCGAGGGAAACAGUUCGUCAUAUUCAUCACACUAAUCAUCCCCUGUUAAAAAAUUACCAGGAGCAGCCGAAACAUUUCAUAUUUUACGCGUAAACGAGGAAACAUAUUUCGAGUCAACGUCGCCGCCAUCGCACCCUUCGAGGGGAAACAAUAAAUUCAAAAUGUUGCAAGAUGAAUAAAAUUCCGUGAAAGGAAAGACAAUAUUAAAUAAUGUUCAACGCACAAAGCCAUCGUUGUUUGAUUCGGUUUAAUAUACAUUUAGCUGUAACACGAAACACGUAUUUAUAAUAAGAAAGAUGUAUCAUAUCUUAAUAUAUGUGUACUAAUAUUGUACGAAACCGAAUUAAAAGAUCGAUGUUAUUUUA